AUAACCUAGAUUUUAGCCACACAAAUACGUCAUUUUUCUUCCCAAAAUGCCCCUCUCUCCCUUCUUUACUCCUGUUUGCUCUUUCUUCAAACUUCUCAUAGUCAGAGCCAUGAAUGGGAGACUAAAAUAAAAGCACGAUAGCGCCACUAUUCCCUUCAAGCCCUCGCUUCAACCCUACUCAAGCCUGGAAAAUUCCAUUCUUUUUGUCAUUUUUGCUUACAUUUCCCCCCUCUUCUUCCCGUAGUGCCCCUGUCCAAGGCACCCACCGCUUUCCUUCAAUCCAACUCCAGCUCCCAAUCAUUUGUCCACUUCACGGUUCCCCAAUGAGAAAAGAACCCAUCUAACAAAAAUCAAAUCUUUUUGCCAUUUAGCCCCACCUCUCCCCUUUUAUUCCCGUAAUACCCCUGCCCAUGGCAGCUGUGCUUCAAUCCCCGCGGACCCUUUUAAGCCCAGCGGAUGAGGGGAGCAAAGAAAGAGAAGAGGAAGAGCUUUCACUGGUAGCUUUGCUGCGCUGACUUUAUUGAGGAAAUCUUUGGUCGGGUGUAGAUUGGGAAGAGAAGGGGGCGAGCCGCUCGAUGGAGAUCGGAUGUCCUACGGAUGUGAGACACGUGGCACACGUCACCUUUGAUCGGUUUCAUGGGUUCCUUGGCUUGCCUGUUGAGUUUGAGCCCGAGGUCCCGAGAAGAGCUCCCAGUGCCAGUGUGAGAGUAUUCGGAGUGUCAACUGAAUCAAUGCAAUGCUCCUUUGAUUCUAGAGGGAAUAGUGUUCCAACAAUACUCCUGUUAAUGCAAAACCGCCUUUAUGAGCAAGGUGGCCUUCAGGCUGAAGGCAUUUUCAGAAUUAAUGCGGAGAACAGUCAAGAAGAGUAUGUAAGGGACCAGCUAAACCAUGGAAUUGUUCCAGAUGGUGUUGAUGUGCACUGUCUAGCUGGCCUGAUUAAGGCCUGGUUUAGAGAACUCCCGACCGGAGUGCUGGACUCUCUCGACCCCGAACGAGUAAUGCAAUGCCAAUCAGAGGAAGAAUGCGCACAACUCGUCGGACUCUUGCCACCGACACAAGCUGCUCUCUUGGAUUGGGCCGUUAACUUGAUGGCUGACAUUGUUCAAGAAGAACACCGCAACAAGAUGAAUGCCCGCAAUGUUGCCAUGGUUUUUGCUCCGAACAUGACUCAGAUGGCAGAUCCUCUUACUGCACUGAUGUAUGCCGUCCAAGUGAUGAACUUUCUCAGAAUGCUGAUCCUGAGGACACUCGAAGAACGAGAGGGACCGAUUCUAGAAGCUUCUUUGAUUUGCCAUUCAGGGCCUUCCGAUGAAAAUGGGCAUCACAGUCCUACGACGUCCCAUACUGAGGACGGCGAAAAAGAAGAGGCUGAACAAACUUCUGUUCAUGAGGAACCCAUUUUAGAUACUCUUGCUUGCCAAACAGAAGAUAUUUCAACCAGAGAUGCUGAUACUUCUCCGAUCCCUCAAGAAAACGAUAUUUCAACAGCUGAUCGAAACUCCAGAAGGGAAAAAGCUGGCCAACCGAGAAAUUUGAAUUCGAAGAAAGGGGCGCGGAGAAUUAAUGCUUCAGAUGAGAAAUCGAAAGGAAUUGGUAUUUUUAAUCGUAGAAAUCCCAAGGCAGAACGAGUAGAAGCAUGGCGGUGAAAAGAAGCUCAGUGAUGGUUCGAUCUUGGUUUAGAUGUGUUCAUUCCUUGUAUCAGAUACAUUUUUUGGCACUAACUUAUGAUGGUUCUUUACGGUCUGUUUCUUCAUUUUCUCAGUGUGUUUCUUUCAGUCAUCUUAUGGCUUGUUUUUCGCCUUUUGCUCGUCAUGUUCAAGUUUCUGCGUGCAUUUUGGUUCCCCUAUUGUUAUUGUUAUUUUGUGGAUUUGGUUAUGUGAAAUAACUUUUCUACACAGAAAAAUUACCUCA